AUGACUCCGCCGCGCCGAUCAACGGAGAGCGCUCCCACUCCGCAGGCUCCGCGGGAUCGGCGGGAGGUGGCGGCUGCGGCGGCGGCGGAGGCGGCGGAGGCGGCGGCGGGCAUGAUGCCGCGCGGGGGGGUGUCUUGGUACGGCAUCCGCGGGAGGCUGAUGGGGGCGGUGAAGCAGGUGCUGCACGCUGCACUGCACGAGCUGGGCUUCGUGCUCUCGCACAAGAACCGCAUGGCCUACUUCAAACAGGAGCUACACCACACGCCGCUGCACCUGCUACAAGCCUCAGUGCAUGCGAGGGAGCGGUACAUGAAAGAGACGGGGCGGAGGGAAGCCAAGGUAUGGCCCAUAUGCAAGGCGCAGGCGUGCAUGUUUCUAGACGAGCUGAAGGUGCCUGUGCCUGCUGCUCUCCUGCUGCCGUCCGAAGGCGGCAGCUGGGUAGCCCCUGUUGGGGGAGAGGAGGUGGAAAAGGAGGAGGUGGUGGCGGAGAAGGAGGAGGAGGAGGAGGAGGAGGAGGAGGAGGAGGAGGAGGAGGAGGAGGAGGAGGAGGAGGAGGAGGAGGAGGAGGCGGCGGAAGAGGAGGAGGGAGAGGAGGAGAAGGAGGGAGACGAAGAGGAGGGGCGCUUUGCUGGGAAGAUUUCAGAAGGGAAAGAUAGGGAUGGUAGAGAGGAGGUGGACAAGGAGGGAGGAACGAAAGGUCUUACGAAGGAUGUUAGGAGGGCGAAGAGGAUUAGGAGGGCUGAGGAGGCGACAGGGGGAGUGAGCAGCGUCGGUAGGGAGGUUGGUGGUGGUACUGAUGAGCGUGGUGGCAGUGAUGAUGAGGUUCGGCAUGGAGGCAGGGCCGCUGCCACGGAUCAUAUGUCCACUCCAACCAUCCCCACCAUCCCCACCAUCCCAACCGCCCCUCACAUGCCUCCUCCCCCAUACGCCCCCCGCCCUCCACCAACCCACAGCGUACCCCCCAACACUCCGCCUCUCCCACACAUGCCUGGUAUAUCCACCCCACUCCAGUUCUCCGUCCCACCCCCACCCCCCACUGGCUCCUGUGCGCUCCUGCUGAGGCACGCUCGAAGCAACGUGGCUGCUAUUGUGGAGGGAGCAAAGGCGAGUAUGGCAGCGAUGGUGGAGCCUCUGACUGCAGAAGAGGAGAAGCAACGGGAGGAGCAUGCGAGGGAGCUGUGGGCUAUAGUUGACUGGGUGAAGGGGGAGACGCACAGGUUGGUGGAGGAUAUGAAAGAGCAGAUGGAGGAGGAGUUGAGGAAGUUCAUGGAGAUUGCGCAGGAGAAGGUGAGGAGGAGUAAAGAAAGGCGAGCAGCUAUACGCAACAGCCGUGCUGCUGCUGCUGCUGCUGCUGUUGCUGCUGCUGCUGCUGUUGCUGCUGCUGCUGGUGGUGAUGGUGAUGGUGCUGCUGGUGAUGGUGGUGGUGGUGGUGUUGGUGAUGGUGCUGGUGAUGGUGGUGGUGGUUGUGGUGGUGGUGGUGGUGGUGGUGGUGGUGGUGGUGGUGGUGGUGGUGGUGGUGGUGGUGGUGGUGGUGGUGGUGGUGGUGGUGGUGGUGGUGGUGGUGGUGGUGGUGGUGGUGGUGGUGGUGGUGGUGGUGGUGGUGGUGGUGGUGGUGGUGGUGGUGGUGGUGGUGGUGGUGGUGGUGGUGGUGGUGGUGGUGGUGGUGGUGGUGGUGAUGGUGAGGGUGGUGGUGGUGGUGGUGGUGGUGGUGGUGGUGGUGGUGAUGGUGCGGGUGGUGGUGGUGGUGAUGGUGCGGGUGGUGGUGUUGGUGAUGUUGCUGGUGGUGCGGGAUGUGAAGGUGCGGGUGUUGAUGGUGCUGGUUAUGCGGGUGGUGCUGGUGGUGGUGGUGGUCAUGGUAGUGGCAGUGAUAGUGCUGCUGGUGGUGGUAGUGGUAGUGGUGAUGGUAGUGGUGGUGGUGGUGGUGCUAGUGGGGGCUUAGCAGUAGGCGACCAGGCCGACUUGCGGAGUCGCCAGAUUUGGUCAAAGGCGGCGUCGAAUUUACCAGGGGAUGAGGUCUCGAGCUUCAACACUGCUCGCGUCGACGGAGACAAUCGCGCGCCGAUCGCCGGUAGCAGCAUCCGCGGCGAAGCUUCCAUCAGCGACGCUAUUACUGCUUCUUUCGAGUCGCAAGCGACGCGGGCGUCGAGAAAGACGCAGAAGCCGGGGGCAGUGCGCCUCGUGCUUUUGAGAAACAACUCGUUCGGCGCCAAAUGUCUCGACGGCAGUCCCCCGGGGUACUACAUCCGGCGGGGCAGGGGCGCGGGGCGGGCGAACUGGCACGUGCACCUGCCGGUGGGCGCGUGGUGCGGCGACGAGCGCAGCUGCGCCAAGCGGUCACUCAACCUCCUCGGCUCAUCCACCCCGUGGGCCGCCGAGGCUGCUGCUGCUGCUGGCCGCGGCAGCAAGAAGGUAUACCCCGCGUUUACCGGGCUGCUAUCCAGCAGCGCAGCAGUCAACCCGGCCUUCCACGCGUGGAACCUGGUGCGUCUCGUGUACUGCGAUGGGGGCGGGUACACGGGCACGAGAGGGCGCAUAGACGUGGCGGGGAACAAGAGCUUGUACCUGGACGGGUGGAACAUCGUGCAGGCGGUGCUGCAAGGUGGGUGGCUGGCUCAUGCUGCAUGGCUGCUUACUCGCAUGGGGGUGGAACCUGGUGCGCCUGGCCUGCUGUACUGCGAUGGGGGCGGGUACACGGGCACCCCGGGGGCAGGUGGCAGGAGCUUGUACCUGGGCGGGUGGAACAUUGUGCAGGCGGUUCUCUGCAAGAUGCAGGCUUCCUUGCUGGUCAGUGCUGCUGCUGCCGCUGCCGCUGCUGCUGCUGCUGCUGCUGCCGCUGCUGCUGCUGCUGCUGCUGCUGCUGCUGCUGCUGCUGCUGCUGCUGCUGCUGCUGCUGCUGCUGCUGCUGCUGCCGCCGCCGCCGCCGCCGCCGCCGCCGCCGCCGCCGCCGCCGCCGCCGCCGCUGCUGCUGCUGCUGCUGCUGCUGCUGCUGGGAAACGCCCAACCAGCAUUUUCCUGUCGUUGCCAGCACACAAUCUACUUCCCUUCCCUCUGCAACACCCAAAUGCUGUGUGCAUCCAUGCAUCUCUCGCACUAUUGCGCAUGCGGUGCGCCAAACAACCCUUCACUCUCUCAUCCAACCUGCCCCCUCCCGCCCCUCUCACGUGCGGCAGAUGCCAAGGACCAGUUCGAGCAGCACCGGUGGCGUGGCGGGACAACGUGCAGCGAGUGACCUCUGAGUCGACUCAAAAGUCAUCCCUCCACUCUCUCGCCCACCCUGCCUGCCCCCUCCCGCCCCUCUCACGUGCAGAUGCCAAGGACCGGUUUGGGCAGUACCGGUGGCGGGACAGCGUGCAGCAACUGGCGGCCUUCCACCAGAUCAACAUCCCUACUUGCCCUAGAGGUACGCCUUUAGACCCGGCCGGCCCAGCUCAUCAGAGUGGCAACGUUUGA